ACAGCGUUGCCAAGUAAUGGACAGACCGUUUGGAUAUAUAAGGUUAAUAUCUGAGGUUUGUCAAAGGAGAUGCUGUGAUGUGUUCUGUUUAUGUGGAUAUGUUCUGGUGUCAUAUUUAAUGUGACACAGUUGUCAUAAAAAUUACAAACUAUUUAGGCAAAGGGACACGCAUUCUGGAGGACAUUGGCAACCGUGGAUGGACUAGUGACGAUAGACUAAACCUGUAACUGGGAGAUACUCGUAACUGAUCGUAAACUUCUGUUUUCAGGUCGCGUUGAUUCAACACAUAUUCUGUCAGAGAUGCAGACGUUCGUGAAAGGAAAGCGAGUGGGAUACUGGCUCAGUGACAAGAAGAUUAAAAAACUUAAUUUCCAGAACUUCGUGGAAAUGUGCAGAAAACAAGGCAUAGAGAUGAUCCAGCUGGAUCUAAGCCGCCCAAUAGAGAAGCAGGGUCCUUUUGAUGUCAUCAUCCACAAGCUAACCGACCACAUCGUUGAGGCUUACCAGAAUGUUGCGGAGUCUCUACUCCUUGUAAAGGGAGUUCAGGACUACAUAGAUGCUCACCCUGAAACAGUGAUUCUGGACCCUCUUCCAGCCAUUCGUACCCUGCUGGACCGCUGCAAGUCAUACAAACUAAUCCAUAAAAUUGAAGACUGCAUGAAAGAUGAGAGGAUCCACUCACCUCCAUUCAUAGUCCUCAAGAGCGAAUGUGGUGCAGAGACUCUGAAGCUACUCCGCAAAAAUGGAAUCACAUUCCCUUUCAUUUGUAAAACCCAGGUAGCUCAUGGCACCAACUCCCACGAGAUGGCCAUCAUCUUCAGUGAAGAAGAUCUGAAAGACAUUAAGCCUCCUUGUGUAAUCCAGAGCUUCAUCAACCAUAAUGCAGUUCUGUACAAGGUCUUUGUAGUGGGAGAGGCCUACAGUGUGGUGCAGAGGCCCUCAAUUAGAAACUUUCCCUCUGGACCCACAG